UUUGGCAUUGCAUUACUUGUAGUGUUACCAUACACACUUCAUUCUCAUUCUUCUUUCUUCUUAUUCUAGCUACUCUAACUAAUUAUAUCACCAUGUAUGCACACUCUAAUUCCAACAAUAUCCCAUUAUUCUCAAACUCCUUCACUGAUUUCACUGAGUUUGACUCGUUCCAAGACACUCUCUCUCCACUCAACAACUCAGAUUUGAGCAGUGGCUAUAGCAGCUAUGGUGGAUCACCUUCACCAAGUACUCCCACCUUAAUGCAGAGAAGCAUUAGCAGCCAUUCCUUUCACCAUAACAAUGGGACCCUCCGCCAUCCCCUCUCCGCUUUUUUCGCCGAAUUGCUUGACUCAGAAGACGCUCCCGUGCGAAAAGUUUGCAGCACGGGAGAUCUCCAGAGGAUUAAGAGAAUGCAACAUAAUCAUCAUUAUCAUGUGGAUAGUCCAUUGUCAAGUGAAAGUAGUAUGAUCAUAGAAGGUAUGAAUAGAGUUUGUCCAUAUAGCCCAGAAGAGAAGAAACUCAGAAUUGAAAGAUACAAAAGAAAAAGAAAUCAAAGAAACUUCAACAAGAAAAUUAAGUAUGUUUGUAGAAAGACAUUGGCGGACAGGAGGCCGCGAAUCAGAGGACGGUUUGCGAGGAACGAUGAAAUCGAUAAGAACAUGAGGAGUCACAUUGGUGGUGGGGAGGAAGAGGAUGAAGAAGAUGGGAAUUGGAUUAAUAUCUUUGAUUCCAUAGUUGCUGCAAAUCUUGUUCAUGAUGAGUUUCAAGGAAGUUCAUCUUUUGGACUAUUGUAUUAAUAGAAUAAUUAUUAGCUAGUUGGUUAUUUCUUUUUUCCAUUUUCAAAGUAUUAUUGUGGUACUAAUGUAAAUAUAUUUAUCUCUAUGUAUA